AUGGGAAAGGAAAAUAUUUUCCACCAAAAGCUCAAAACUUCAAGAGAGGAGGACAUGCACCGCAAGGUUAAGGAGGCUUCAGGAGGAACAACUAUGAUCAUUACCAGCAUGCCAAGGGGAGAGUUGGGUAUAUGUGGAUGCUUUAUAUGUGGACUGCCUGGACAUAUGGCGAAGGAUUACCCUCGCAGGAGGACUCCAAAUGCGGGCCAGACCCAUCAAGGUCAGAUAUUUGCUGUGAAUACUCAGGAUGCUGUGAAGUCAGAUCCGUUGAUGAGAGAUAACUGUUUAUUUGUUGAGAAAAUAUUGGCUGUAUUAUAUGAUACUGGAGCUUCGCAUUCGUUAAUUGCACUUCAUAAAGUUGAGGAACUAGGAUUAAAAGUGUCAGAGUUGGCAUUUGAUUUGCAUGUGCAUACCCCAUAUCAAAUGGUUGUGACUAGGUCAGAUUGUAGGCAAAUAGCUUUCAAGCUUGAGGGUAGAAAAUUUGUUCAUGACAUAAUCUAUUUGCUAAUGGUUGGGUUGGAGAUGAUUUUAGGAUUUGAUUGGAUAUCAAAAAAUUGGGUUUUGUUGGAUUGUUUUCAGCGAUUGAUUUGGUUUAUGCCGGAGGGAGAAGGUGGAGUAGUGGUAGCUGAGGGUUAUUACCUGAACUCUAUUUUAGUGAAUUGUAGUGGGGAAGAAUGUCAGGCGUAUAUAUUGUUGGCUGCGAAUGCGCUAGGUGAUGAGCAGAGGUUAGAUCAGAUUCCGGUAGUUAGGGACUUUCCUAAAGUAUUUCCUGAAGAUAUUCUUGAAUUUCUGCCUCAAAAGGAAAUUGAAUUUGUGAUUGACUUGGUGUCAGGAGCCGGACCAGUGUCGAUUGUGCCAUACCAAAUGGCUCCAAUAGAGCUGGCUGAACUUAAGACUCAGUUGGAAAAGCUUCUGAACAAGAGGUUCAUUCGACCAAGUAUAUCUCCUUAG